AUGAAUCCGGGGAACGAUUCGUGGCAUUCAUCGGCCGGUGGGCCACCAACCCAUCCGGGAAUGGACCAGAUGAAUCAACAGCCCCGACCCUUAGGGUCGUUCAGUCAAAAUCCUGGUCAGCAAGCGCCAGCCUCGCAACCCUCCGGCCCCGUUCUCCCUCCUCCAGGCGGCCCAUAUCACCCCGGUGGCCAAUCGGGCCACUCGCUUCCCGGUCUCGCAGAGCUUAGCCAGAGUCAUGGAGCUCCCCAUCAACACUCCCCUUAUGGACAGCACCCGGCGGGCCCGUCACACGGAGCGGGCCACCCUCUGCCCGGCAUCGGUCAGGCCAUGUCUCACGCAUCCCCGCAGUCCAUGAACAGAGAGCGCGAGCGGGACUCUCGCGAGCGGGAGAUCCUUGAGCGACAGCGCCAGGAGGAGAUGGCGCAUCGUGAGCGCGAGCAGAUGGAGCGUCAGCAAAUGGAACGUCAACGCGAACAUCACCCUGUGCAGAGUCACACUGGAUCGAUUCCCUUGCACCAGCCAGUUGCCUCGAAGGUCCCCAACUCCAUCCACGGGCCAAAUGGUCUUCUUUCAAAUCUUGCAACCAAUGCGCCAAAUGGUCCCCAGCCUAAUGUACAGGGCGGCGCUGGACCGGGAGUGAUUUUCGGUGGACCUCCAAUGCCCCACGGCGAAGGCGCGCCACGAGGGUAUAUGCAACAUCCGGGUGGGCCUCCUAUGAUGGGAUACAACGGACCGGGACAACAGAUUCCCGGCAACGUCGCCGCUUUGGCUCAGGGGCAGCAGCCGAUUCUCAAUGAUGCCCUCAGCUACUUAGACCAAGUGAAGGUGCGGUUUGUUGAUCAGCCUGACGUGUACAAUCGAUUCUUGGACAUUAUGAAAGAUUUCAAGAGUCAAGCCAUCGACACUCCGGGCGUGAUUCAAAGAGUGUCCACGUUGUUCAAUGGCCACCCCGCUCUGAUCCAAGGCUUCAACACAUUUCUGCCUCCAGGUUAUCGCAUUGAAUGCGGAACGGAGGAUAACCCAGAUGCGAUUCGUGUCACAACGCCUUCGGGCACGAAUACUUUGAGCAUGCCACGAGCAAACCGCUCACUUGACAGUGCUAAUGACCUGGGUCCUGCUGGAAGCCUAAGCAACCAUCCUCCUCGUUCAGAUUACUACGAGCAAACCCGCUCUGGCUGGCAGCAGCAAAGCCAACAGCAACCUCAGCCGCAACAGCCGCAGGCGCAUCAGCCUGGUGGCCCUGGCUCAUAUUCCCCUGGUUCGCGCAUGGUCGGACCUUCUGCCUUGUAUCAGCAGGAAGGGCAGGCCCCUCCACAAGAUCAUCAUUUUGGAUACCAAGGUCAGGAAGCGCAGGGGCCGUCGGCGCUGUCCCACCCCCAGGAUCAUCGUGGGGUGGCCCAAUUACAAGGUGCCGCGGCAUCUGCUGCAUCCGGGCUGGGUAGACCUCCUAUGAUGCCAGUAUCUGGUCCCGGAUCAAACCCAGGCAUGAGCAGUCUUGCUGGCGUGGGAGGAAUGCUUCAGGGUGGUCAUCCUGAUCUGAACAAGCGGGGGCCCGUAGAGUUCAAUCACGCAAUUAGUUACGUGAACAAGAUCAAGAAUCGCUUCUCCUCUGCACCCGAGAUCUACAAGCAAUUCCUGGAAAUUCUCCAGACGUAUCAGCGAGAGUCAAAACCGAUCCAGGACGUGUACGCCCAGGUCACUCAGCUUUUUAACACUGCUCCGGAUCUGCUAGAGGAUUUCAAGCAAUUCUUGCCGGAAUCCGCAGCCCACGCGAAACAACAGGCGGCAGCUCGUAUGGCUGAAGAAGCAGUUCCCACUUCCAAUCUGCGUGGUGAACCCGUGGGCCAUCCGUCAUCCACGCCAAGCCGAGACGUGAAGAUGCCACCUCUGGGCCAAUUCAACGUGAAAGACUCUGGCAAGGAGAGCAAGAAGCGACGUGGAGGUCCCGGUGUCGGUCUCUCAUCCGUUUCUGGCCCCUCUGGCGCUGACGCCGCUCGCAUGCCCGAGGCUCGUGGAGGACCCCCAACAGGGUCUUUCACCAACGGCAACAAGCGACCAAAGCACUACCAUGGAAAGCCCUCAGGUUCCGAUAUUCCCAACAUCUCCCCAACGUUGAUCCCUGCCCUCCCUGAACCUGUCCCGCCUAGUGUCAUGACCACGCCCAGCCAGGAGGAAAUCGCCUUCUUUGACCGUGUCAAGAAAUUCAUCGCCAACAAGCAGGUCUUCAGUGAUUUCUUGAAACUGUGCAAUUUGUACACCAACGACUUGAUUGAUCGCUUUGUUUUGGUCAAGCGGGCCGAGGGGUUCAUUGGCUCCAAUGCGGAACUGAUGAGCUGGUUCAAGCGUUUCAUGAAUGUCGAGGAGCCCGAAGACAAGACCAUCGACCCCAAGCCUCAAACGGAGGCCGGUGUAGUGAACCUUGCGCAUUGCCGCUCUCUCGGGCCCAGCUACCGUCUGCUUCCCAAGCGUGAACGCCAGAAGCCAUGCAGCGGACGUGAUCAGCUCUGUCAUGAUGUCCUGAACGACGAGUGGGCGUCUCACCCGACCUGGGCCUCGGAGGAUUCCGGUUUCGUCGCGCACAGGAAGAACCAGUUCGAGGACGCUCUUCACCGUAUCGAAGAAGAUCGACACGAUUAUGACCACCACAUUGAGGCCUGCACCCGCACCAUCCAGCUGAUCGAGCCGAUCGUCCAGCAGUUCUUGCACAUGUCUGAGGCAGAGCGGGCCAACUUUAAGCUUCCCCCUGGUCUUGGCGGGCAGAGUGAGGCGAUCUACCAACGCGUGAUCAAGAAGGUCUAUGACCGUCAGCGCGGUGAGAAGAUUAUUCGAAGCAUGUUCGAACGUCCUUGUCAUGUCCUUCCAAUUGUUCUCUAUCGGUUGAAGCAAAAGCUUGAAGAGUGGAAGGCCUGUCAGCGUGAGUGGGAUAAGGUCUGGCGUGAACAGAUGCAGCGAGCCUACUGGCGCAGCCUGGAUCAUCAGGCCAUUGCAACCCGGCAGACGGAUAAGAAAUUGUUCAUUGCGAAGAAUAUUGCAGCCGAUCUCCAGGCGAAGCUCGAGGAGACCCAAAGUAAACGAAAGGCCGGAUUCAACCCUCCAAAGCAUCAACUGGACAUGAAGUUCUCGGACCUGGAUGUGUUGCUGGAUACCACGCACCUUCUCUGCCUGUAUAUUGAUCGAAGCACGACUGGAUUUGGUGCUGAUCCUUCGCGCUUGAUCAACUUCGUCAAAGACUUUAUUCCUGUCUUCUUCGGACUGGAUCGCGAGGCCUUCCAUGAGUACAUGGACGAAUUGAUGACCAAUGCAACACCUGCGGAGGAAUUGGAAGAUAAUUUCGAAGGCGACGAUACCUCUAUGGCCAGUCGCAAAGCAGUGAACACGCAAAAGCUGGAUCUCUUGCGUGAGACGCUCGAGAGCAAAAUGAACAAGCCCAACGGCACGACCCAUGAGGGUGAGAGUGCUUCUCGCCCAAUGGCUGCCUCUGCGCUUCCUUCUGCCCAUUUGGCUACUCCCAAUGUGCGCGCCACGUCUGCUGCUGCGUCUGAUCCCGAGGAUAGCUUUGAUGUGGCGGAGUUGAAGUGGAUGGAACAUCCCGGCCAUGGCAACUUCAACCUUGAGCGCGAAUACACGCUUAACGACAAGUACAAGAAGACGGAACACCGGAUGUAUUGCAACUUGAACCUCCUGUGCCUUCUUCGCACCUUUGAGAUUCUGUAUUCCCGUCUGCUGCGCAUCAAGGAGCAGGAAGCCGAGGCGCACGAGCAAGUGCGUCGCGGUCUGCUGCCCAAGCCUGCGCACGAGCUGUGUCUGCUUGACCGGUUCCCCAGCGACUUCUUCUAUGACGUUGAUCCCAAGGCCAAUCUCUACAAGCAAAUCGUACGCAUGUGCGAAGAGGUCAUCCGGGGGGACAUUGAUCAGAUUCAUCUGGAGGAAACCCUUCGUCGCUUCUACAUGCAGAGCGGAUACUUGCUGUACAAUCUGGAGCGCAUCUUCUCCUCCAUCAGCAAGUUUGUCGCCUCGGUUUUCACGGGAGAUGCCAAGGAUCGCACCUCCGACAUUGCGAACCUAUUCUUUAAGGAACGUGAGAAGCAGGAGACCACCCAUCACCAAGAGAUGCAAUACCGCAAGCAGGUUGAACGGAUGAUCAAGGAGGGGGAUAUGUACCGUGUGAUCUACUUCCCAUCCGACCGACACGCCACCGUCCAGGUAAUGACCAACGAGGACAGCACCCUCGAUAGCGAUGAGCUGAGCUCCGAGGCCCGCUGGUCGUACUACGUGACUGCGUAUUCCAUGCGCGAUCCUACCGAGGGUGUUCCAUAUUCCAUGAUGCGCAUGCCCUUCCUGAAGCGCAAUCUCCCCAACAAGCUGGAUGAAGAUGAGGAAUAUGACCAAUUUUACCGCCGUCUACAGCACCACGAUGGCUUGGUGAUUCGCAUCUGCGCCAACAACUACACGAUCCUCUACCAACCUCCCAGUCACGAUUGGUUCUGGCGCUCCACAGCCCCCAUUCCUGACGCCGACGCCGACGCCGACACUCUCCGGGCUCAGGAAGAAGAGCAGGCCAAGGUCAAGGCUGCUAUCCGUGAGAAGCGCCGCGACCGAUUUGCGGAAAAAUUUGUCAACAACCCCAUCUGGGCGCGUGGGCUAAGCAAGGACGAGGUCGAUGAAGCGAACCAGCGCUUCCGCUCUUGGGUGGAUGGGCCUCUUGAUAAGAAAGAUUCCGCACCCAGCGAGACUGCCGAGCCUGCCGCGGCCACUGCGCCUGAGACUGGCGAGUCGACCAGCGACCACGCCGAUACCGAGAUGGCGGAUGCCCAGCCUGUCGUCAUUACAGAGACAUAG